GCGAGAGGACAUAAAAAGCUUAGAUCUCCGACCGUUUUUCGCUUUUAUUUGUGUGAUUAAAAUCAACACAGGUAAUGCUAUAAUCGCUACAAUAAGGGAAAGUUUAGUCUAUAUAUAUCUAUAAAUAACCUUAAAAGUUAAAUGUUGGACAAAGAAGUUGGUCUUUUUGGUAAAGAAACACAGUUCGUGAAUUUUGGUACGUUUAACCUAAGCAACCCUCCUGCUCGAUAGCUAUCAGGGUUAACAGUUUACAACAUCUGCAGUCCGUGUCUUUCUUCAUAUUGAAUAGUGGCUUUUCCAGCCACCUUGCUGGUGUAUUGAGCUCACGCGUCACGCGAAAUGUAGCCGUAGCUGUUUAAUCAAACCGGGGCCCUGUGAAGCCGAGCUGAACCUUGUGACGCGACGGGCGCGUGGGGUACAUGGAAAGCUGUACACCAUCACAGUCAGUCUGCUUCGAGAACCCGGCUUGCACCAAUCCUUGCUUAACCCGACCUUGCAGAAAGUACCAGACGUUAGUAUCUAUCUCUUCUUAAAGCAAGAAAGGCAAGAGGAGUUUGGUUUAGAAAACUUGUAGUUUUGUUCAGCAGUGAAUUAAAAUCAGCUUCGCAUUGACAGUUUCUGAAAAGCAGAAUCUCUGACACAACCUAAGGUCUGAAGGUUAAGCCUAGUAAAUGCUACUGAUAUCAUGAUACCUUAUUCCACCUGCGUUUGUUUUAGAACUCAACAACAGGCUUCCAAAAGGGCGCCACUACGACCAACGACAGUUCAGAAGAAGACCAAAGUUACUGUUGGAAAAGAUUCUAAUGGAACGCUUUGCAUUAAAGUUUCUGAACGCACAAACGAAAGUACAGUAGUGGAACAUAUGAAAAAAACUUCCGACAUCUCCCACUCAGAAAAUAUGCUUCUUCAAAACCUAAACCUAGAUGUCAGAGGUUAUCGUCUCAGAGGUCAGUUUAGAACUUUACAGCGAUCUAGACGCCACCAACCAAUACUAAAGCCACACAUUUGCCAGCAACACGGCCUUGACGAUACUUACAACGGAGUUGUACAGUGUCUUAUUGCAAGUUCUGGGCAAUGGGCCUUCAGCACUUUUACGCUUGACGUGGCCACUGGAGGACAUUCUUUGUCAGUGUUGUUGGUCCACUUAUUCCACCAAUACGGGCUAAUCGGGAAGUUCCACUUGGAUGUACUAAAAGUCUAUAAAUGUUUCAAUCUUAUCGAAUCGAGUUACCACGUCGAUAAUCCUUACCAUAACUCAGUUCAUGCAGCAGACGUCACACAGGCUAUGCAUUGCUUCCUUCAAGAAGAAGUUAUAGCGCAACAGAUUACACCCUCAGAAAUCAUGGCGUCUUUACUGGGUGCAGUAUGCCAUGAUUUGGACCACCCUGGUGUCAAUCAGCCGUUUCUGAUCGCAACGUCUAACCACUUGGCUGCUUUGUAUAAGAAUUUCUCAGUGUUGGAGAAUCAUCACUGGAGAUCAGCUGUUUCCUGUCUGAGGGAAUCAGAGUUACUGGAUCAUCUUUCGGAAACUCGCGAUGACGUGGAAUGUCAGAUAAGAUCCUUAAUUCUAGCGACGGACAUAGCUCGUCAGCAAGAGUUCUUAUCUCGUUUUAAGAAAUACAUGGAAGAAAGUUCACUCGAUUUAUCAAAGAAAGAGUUCAGACAAUUUAUUCUACAGUUGGGACUAAAAUGUGCUGACCUCUGCAAUCCAUGUCGUCCGUGGGCUAUAAGUCAACAGUGGAGUUACCAGGUGUGCCAGGAAUUUUACCGCCAGGGUGACAUUGAACGUGAACUCGGUCUACCUGUAACGCCUAUGUGUGAUCGUACAAGGACUUCUGUUGCUAGAAUACAAUCAGAUUUUUUCCUCUAUGUGGUGUCUCCUUUGUUUGAAAUCUGGGACCAGUUCAUGAACACACCCCUGUCGAAUCAGUUACUGAAGAACCUGAGAUACAACCAGGCCGAGUGGGAGAAAGUCCUUGAGAGGGAGUUAUGUGAUAAAGAAGAGACAAGUACAAUGAUUGGAGUAGCUGCAAUGGCCAUGGAAGAGUUCGCACCACUAGCAUCAGAUGAAGAGGAUACAAUUGACGAAUGUGGAAGUUUGUUUAGUGAAAGCUUCUUCUUGGGAGAAGCUCUUGGGACCUUCCAAAGAAGGCGAUACAGUAUGCCUGAAAAACUUGUGUCCAUUCUUCCAACAGACAGUAGCCGUAAAACUAGCGUUCCCCGGGCUCUCGAGUAUCGUAGGAAGAGUAACAAUGGGUCAUCGUCGUUUACGUCAUUCCGAGUUCCUAGCCCUAAUGUGUACAUACUUUCUGAAGAAACCACGACAUCCAGACUCCUCCAGCCUAGAACAAGUAUAGCUACACUUUCAGCUGGUAUUGAUUCAAUGUAUCUCGACAGGUUUCAGACGUUAGCAGAAGUGAAGAAAGAACCGUCAUUUCAGCAUCUGUCGAUUUCUUCUCUAGAAAAAACAGAUAAAAAACUUGAGGAUAUAAGAACUAAAAAUUUCGGAGAAGAUGUAGAUGUAGGAUCAGAAAUAGUAGAAUAUUCUGCAAGAAGUAAAACACCAGAAGAUAAUAUGUCUCUACAAAUGUAUGCUCAGCGAAUAAGUAGCUCUCCAACAAAAAGUGUCGCUAGUUCGUCAAAAGAGGAAGAGUCUGAUAAAGAACAUGGUGAAGAGGAGGCCACAGUUGUUGCUUGCAGCAAUGGUUGCUGUACAAGGACCCCAUCACCUAAAUGUUCUAUACCUAGUAUAGAAAAUGCUCAACAAACUGAAUAUUUUAGACAAUCAGAUUCUAGUUUAAUUUCACGACACCAGGGUAAUUAUCAAAGAAUAGCUUGUAGUUCUCCAUAUAAUAUAAGUAGAGAAAAAGACUGUUCUUCACACCAGUCAGGAAGUAGCAGUAGUAGGAAUUUUGUAGACAUUAAUGACCAAUACUUGAACCUCCUAGGUUGUGAACAUAAUAGCGCCACUGUUCAGCUUGGUGCUGCUUGGUUAGCUGAACAAAGAGAUGAAAGCUAUCUUUUUGAGGAAGGAGAAGAUCGUAAUACGGAAUUCAACACGCGCAUGAAACAGACAUCUUGGUCCAGCCAUGUUAGGCGAAGUUUGUCCGAAGAACGUCCAGAACCUCCUAGUAAAGACUUUGAUUCUCCAGCCCCAUCCUUAAGGGUAUCAACGAAUAGUUUAUAUUCUACAAAUUCCCGACUGACUUGUCGAAGAGGUUCAGCUCCCAUGGUCAUCACGCGAAGUGCUCUCUCUGAACUUCAGGAUCUGAGUGAAUAUUACGGUGGAUUGAAGGAACGUUCACUUACUUCAUCAUUUGGUCGCCGUUGGUCCAUUCCAGCUGAGCCUGUGGCAGGUUUUCUUCCUGAUUCCUUGUCUUCAAACUUGAAAAACAAAAAAGAUGAAAAUUGUCGUUAUAAUAAACGAUAUUUACGAAAAGAACUGAUUCGACGUCAUAGUUUUGGAUUACUCGAGAACUUGCUUGUGGUACCAUCUUCAGAAUCGGAAAACGAUGGGUCUAGCACUGCCCCAACCAGCACGGGAACCACCUGCAGCACCAGAAGAAAUAGUUCUGUUCAGCCAGGAACGAUUCAUCGUAGCUUCAGCAGCAAAGGGACCUUCGAAAUAGACAGUAACGAUCAAGAAGGCAGCUUCAGCUCAGAAACUCAAGACGUUUUCCUUCCAUGCAUUUCGCCAUCUAUAAAACAACUGGCUAGAAGACGAGGCUCCCUCCCCGUGGACGUGCCCCUUUCUCUCAUGAGCCGCUUGAAGCCUGCACUGAGUCCCACGCGCCCACGGCCUACUUUUGAAAUGGAAGCGCUUCAGAAAUUAGAGAGAGAAGCUCAUUCAGAAAACUUGGUUUGUAGAAGAAAAUCAAUGGGGGAAAUUUUACAAGUACUUCUGUGCCCGACAGGUAAUCGCUUAAAUUUUCAAGGAUUAAAUGCAGGAUCCAGCAGAGGGCAAAAGGCUGUAAAUCAAGGAAUGGUAAUCAAUUCCCGUCAUCCAGAAUUUCAAGGCCUUCCUCGUCGUCGUUCCGGAGGAUUAGAACUCUUCUCAGGAUUUUGGCACUCAAAAACUCAGGAGAAAUCUCCAGAACAGUGCACAUAUAAACAACGGGUUAAACUACUUCGGCAGUCGUGCUCUCUCGACUCCUCAGGUUAUUCUGAAUGGCUUCUCCAACCUACUGUCACUGACGCUCUUAACCACACUAUGUGCAGUAGCGGUAGGUUUUCAGUUACCACAGGCGGAUUCUUAAGCUCCUCAGGGAUUGCCAGCACUGCGAGAUACCAACAAAGGCGAGGAUCGGUACCGAUAAACUUUCGUCUUCUCUCACUGAGCUCAGGUGACACUCCUUCAGAAGAUUAAGAGGAACGCCAUUUUGUUUCAAACACUGGGGCUUAGCUGUUGUGCUCAAAAUUUUCUGUACGACAAUUUUAUAAUGUACAUCUAAAACUAUGCAAUGAGUCCACGGUGUUUAAGAAUUUUUCCGUUUUAUUUCAUUUUAGCUACAAGCAAAGUUUCGUGAAUGUCGCUAUAAACAAAAUUGUAUCUGUUUGUCAUAUCGGGUAGCACGUAGCUGUAUAUGUUUGUAUGUAUGUGAAAGCCUGAGAAGAAUUGAUUGAUGGGUGACGUAAUGUGUAAGGAAGUGCUACACAUUAGCAUCCCUCAAAAUGUGCUGUAGCACAAGUUCAAUUUCACAAACAUCAAAAUAUUGUUCCAAUUGGUGUUACAUGUUCUUUAUUUUUGGAAGUGUUUAAUUUAUUGUUUGAGAAGUGUCAGUAAUGAAACCUUCAGUAUUACCGUGUUUAGCUGUAGAACUGGUCCGGACUUGUAUCUGAACUUCUAUCUGCUUAUAUUCCACUAAUUUAUGUUUAUUUUCAUGUUUCAUCACAAUGUAUCUUCUUGAAAUCAAUGUCGAAUGCUGAGGGAACUGUGUAUUAGUAAUCAAUAAAGUUUAGUAUAAGUCGAAAACAUUUGAAAAAUUGCAACAUCAAGUGAGGCUGAAUAUAUGAUAUUAAACGUAUCUUUGGUUUAAUUUGAUAAUCUCCUAUCUACGUACUAUAUAUAUAUGUGUAUAAAUUUUGCACCGUGUUGAACGGACACUAUUAUAUCUGUACUGUAGGGAUAAGACAAUAACGAAUUUAUACUGAAAGAAAAGGAACGAACGUUGUUUUGUUUUCAUUCUAAGAAAAAAACAGUGUCGCGAAUGUACUGUAGAGAAAAGACUAUCGUAUUUGAAUUUCAGAAAAAGGGUACUGUCGUAUUUAUACCAUUGGGGGGGGGGUUACUAUUAUAAAAUUAUAUUUGUACUGUAAGGAAUAAACCUACUGUAUUGUAUUUGAACUAUAUCAUAGUAAGCUAAUGAUAUCAUAUUUGUAUCGUAGGGAAGUGAUACUUCUCAAUAAGUAUCCUAUGGAAACAACACUAUAGUAAAUCAUAUGUGCAUCAGUUAAAGACAUUUUCUAAUUUUGCCCUAGGGAAAUGAUACUAUUGCCUUAUGUAACGGAAAGAAGAGAUGUCAAUGCGUUAUUUGUCCAUAGGAAAAAGGACAUUAUCGUAUAUCUUGGAUGCAAAUGCUGCUUUAAAAACCUCACACUGUAUAGAUGUUUCAUAAAUUACAGUCACUCAGUGGGACAGCGGUAAUUCAGGGAAUCGACACAGCCCGAAGUAGAUUUACUAUGAUACACAAACAUAAAUUAAAACUCUAUUUUUAAUUUAGAAUUAUAGUAUAUCACAUGUAGAAAUGUAUGAAUAUUUAAUAUUUGCACCAAGAACUCUCGUUACAUAAAUUGUGUCUCCCGGUGGGACAGCGAUAAGUCCACAGACUUAUAACGUUAAAAUCUGGUGUUCGAUUCCCCGCGGUGAACACAGAAAAUAUCUCUAAUAUGGCUUUGCUCUUAAACAAAAGAAACAUGAAUUGUACACAAGAAACGUCUCGAACUGGCAUGUGAGAUUAAUUAUCAUAAUUGUCAAUUUUCAAGUGUUGUGUAUUCCAUAAUCAUAGAACUUAAAACUAGAAUGUUAUAAAUCGCAUUUAAAUUUUACCAUCCGUUAGGUGGCACUACUAAACACCGAAAGGAAAAUAUAUUAAAGUAAGAAGGAAAAAAGUAUACCUCUUUUUCACUUAGUUAAAUUCCACACCACCAGUUACAUCAUAACAUAGCUACCCCUUGAUAAAACUGAUACACCCCCCCAAUGGUACAGCGAUAUGUCUGCGGACUUACAACGCUAGAAACCGGGUUUCGAUACCCGUUGUGGGAAGAGCACAAAUAGCCCAUUGUGUAGCUUUGUGCUUAACUUCAAACAACAACAAAACUGAUACAAUGAAACGCGGGUACUAAAAUUAGACCUAUUUCUUCUGCUGAUAAGUCGUAUUUAUUAUCCUUUUCAUAAUGUUUGCUGUUUUCCAGUCUAUCUUAAGAUCAGUGAAAAGUUUCAAUUUGCCGUCAAUAAGUCAGUUUCUUUACAUUGAAAGAUAUUAAAGACGUUCACUUUAAAAUUGUCAACUUUUUUAUAUCUAACAAUGAAUCAAUAUUGUCGAUUUCUUUAUCCAACAACGAAUCAAUAUUGCAUUCUUCUAAACGUUGACUGGUAAGAAUUCAUUCAUUCAUGCAUUGUUAAACAAUCAUUUGGUUCAUAAUUUACCAACUUGUAGUUUACAAAGAAGUAACUAUUGUGGUCAAUUUAAUGUUAAUUGUGUUGAAAACUUCUAGUGAAUCAACACAAAUAAAAUUUAUUAUAAAGUACCGUUUCUUAACUCAUAUAAACUCUACUUGCAUUGUUUGCUAAGUGAUGAUUUUGCUCGAAGCAUUGCUUCAAGGCUGAUUUGUUAGUUUGGUGAUUAUAAGUUGUGACAGGGAUUCACAAUCUCUGGGUUCGUCAAAGUAGGUUUGAAACUUGUGCACAGACCUAAUCAUAUCACGCCAUUUAGCUUAUUACAGAAACAUGUGUCUUGUAUGUAAAGAAACGUGGGUUCUGAGCUGUGAACUCUAUCACAGACAAGGAGUUUUCUCAGGUUCCUCAGUAUCAACCAUACAUACAUACAGUCGUGAUGUACAAACUGGGAUAUUAAUACAUUUCAUGUUUUUAUCGUCACGUUGACCUAGUAGUGGUUAGUGUGCCAUACUGUGGAUUCAAGGAUUCAUGAUUCGUGAACCGUUGCCGAAAAAACUGUGCUCCAGACUGUGGUGUCAUGGGUACAUUACAAAAUUGGCGGUCAAAAUCGCACUGUUCGGUUAGACUAGCCUAAGGGUUGGCGGUGAGUGCUGUUGACUAGCUGCCUUCGUUCUAGUCUAUUAUUUCAAAAUUAGGAACGGCUAGCACAGGUAGCUCGUAUAGUUUUACGCGAACAUACGAAACAUACUAAACCAAUGUUCACAUUGUACUUUUUUUUUCUUUCUCAUUGACUAAACUCUCAUUACUUUAUAGCCAUCGGAAGAAAAAAAAUCCAAUCUCUACUUCAAUACAAAUGAAAAAUUUAUCAUCCUAAACCUUAGCAUUAAAGUUAAAAACAUUUUAGUUUACAA